AUGGCUAGUGAUAGUAUUAUUGGUAGACUACAACCUGCUCAAGUUAUUGAACUUUCAAAGGCAUUUAUGGAAUUCGAUAUAAAUGGCAAUGGUUUUAUUACAUUCGAUGAAAUGAAAGAAAGUCUUCGUCGAGCCAACAUGCCACGUCCAGAUGCUGAAAUUCAGCAAGUUAUGUCAAAGAUCGAUUUUAAUCGUGAUGGAAUGGCAUCAUAUGAUGAAUUUAUGAGAUUUAUGGCUAAUAUAAGUAAUACAUCACAAAAACCAAAUCCACCAUGGCAAUAA